ACUCCUGAGUACAUGACAAAUAUAUAAGAGACACACACACACACACACACACACAAGUGCUUAUUAUGAACUUACAAUACACUCAAUACUACAUCACUUGGGAGCUCUAAUCGACAGAAUAAUGAAGACUUUGCUGGUGGUGGCCCUUGUUCUUGUUCUGGUGUUGAACUACGGAUCUGCACUGAAAUGCAACCACUGUGUUCCUCAGGGUGGAACGCGCUGCACACAAACUCAAGAGACCUGUGGCUUUGGAAAAGAUGCCUGUAUAGCGGCCAGAUUCAACUUCCCUCCCUUCAUGGGCUUUCGGAGAUGCAGCAGUAUGACGGAGUGUCUUAUUCUCUCGAGUAACACUGCCAUGAAAGUUAAAUGCUGCCAGUCUGAUCUCUGCAACAACAUGGUCAUCAUUUAGACUGACUUCUGUCGACUUAGAACAUGAAACUGCCAUGUUUACCAUAAUACAGAUGUUUAAAGAGGCUUCACCAUCUCUAUUUCUUAAAGCUGCAGUCCGUAACUUUUUUAUAUUUUAUAUAAGUUUUGUAAAUUUUGAACACAAAAAAGUUACGGACUGCAGCUUUAAAGAUUUUGCCCAACAAUAAAUAUCAUAGUUUCAGCAUUUGCCACAGAUGAAUAAUUGUGGAAUAUGUGAAGAAUUUACAAUUGAACUAAAAAAGACUGCACCAGCUAAAUGGCCAUUUCCUUGUUAAUAACAAUGUACAGACUGAUAUUAUUGCUUUUGUGAAUAAAUUCAGGUACAUUUCUAGUUUCAA